AAGACCGCGAAAUGUUUAUUUUAAAGACAACAUUGUUUUUUAUAUUAUAAUUCAAUAUACUCGACUUAUGAAAAUAUUUUAAAAUGCUACUGAUAGAUUUGGAUCUAAACAAACUUUCGAAAUUAGCAUCACAGCAAAUUGACCACGUAACUUGUAUAGAAUGUUGUAAGUAUUAUACAGUACCCACAACAGCAGACUGUGGUCACUCUUUGUGUCAUUCUUGCUGGCGCGGCCGUAGAGUCUGUGCUUCUUGUGGGAAAUCCAUCGAAAAGAAAAAUCUAAAAUUAAAUAUUCCACUCCAAAAUCUCACCGAACAUAUUUCAAGUCUAUCUAAAACCUUGGAAGACCUUUUUAAUAUAAAGUUGGAUGAGUAUUUACUAGAUUCACCAACAGAAAAUCAAGAUGAACCAAAUAAGAAUGUUAAAGAAUGGUUGGCAAGUUCACAAAACCAGUUUUCUGCUCCUAUUACAAAUUCUACCCAAUCAACUCAAGGACAGAUGGAAGCAGAAAAAGUUACAAGCGACAUACAUGUUCACUCUGUAAAUAAGAGAAUUUCAAAUCAUAAAGAAGUUAUUCAUAUUCCGCUUCAACAAGAUGACUGGGACAAUAUAGAAGAAAUGCCAGAGACGGACAAAAAUACUAAUAAGAAUCAAGAAAAUGUUGUAGGUCCUAUGGAUAUUGAACCUUUUGAAUUUAUGAUGGAUGAUGAGUAUAAUGCCAACAAUCUUCGACGUAGCUUAAGGAACAAAGAUAACAAGUCUCCUAACAUUGACCUUAAACAAGAUGUCCAACAAGAUAAAACUAACAGUCUAGACACAAAAAAAACAUCUGAAAAAAGUGGCCUCAAGGUAGCUAAAAAUUGGAAUAAUGUUAAAAGAAUGAAAAAAGAAUUCAGUAAAUUAAACAAAAAACAUAGAAAUAAAUUGAAUGUGUCUAUAGAAAUGUGUAAAAAAAAUAUAAAUAAAAUUGUACCACCAAUAACUCAGGAAAAUUUAUAUACUAUUGAUGAUAAUACACCACAAAUUGUAAACAAUGAAAAAGAUGAUGAACUCAUUAAUAACUGUGAUGUUAAUAAAAAAAUGAUUCUACAAGUUACAAGCAGUGAUUCUGUUAAAAACAACAUUACAAAUAGUGUAACAGGUCAUAAAAUUAUAAACGAAAACAAUGAAUUACCUCCGCCGAAAGUGGCAUUUGUUAAGAAAAGUGCUCUUAUAUACAAAGCGCAAGAAAUUAAUGAUAUAAAAAUUCCAACAGACAGACAUUCAACUGGGGUGGCUGUGAACAAUGAUGAUAUAGAGAUCACUAUAAAAAUAGGAAAUACUCUUACAAACAUUUGUAUAAAGAAAAAGGACAAUGAUGUACAAUUAAAAAUUAAUUCAGACAGAGAAGUUCAGACAUCAUUAGAAAAUGAUAACAAAAAUAAAAACGAUAUAUCUAGUUCUAAAAUUACAAUUAACAAUAUGGAAAAUACUGUCCAUUGUGAAAAUAUUCACAAGACAAAUACAGUUUCAAAGAUAAAUAGUGUGAAUAAAACAGUCUCUAAGAAGAACACGGCAUCAGCUGACACUAGCACCGCUCAGUUUGAAAUAACAAAAAGCAUCGGGGAAGAAAUGAUGAAAUCUUUAAACACUAACCAAGAAAGCAUAAAGAAAACACCAUGCAGAAAUGUACUACAAGAAAACAGCAGUCAGGUGGUAUUAAACAAAAUAACUGAAAUUCAAGAAGAGGCUGAUAUGGAUAUUUUUGACACUGAUUCAAUCAAAGAAGCAAAUGUCGCCCCAAUGAAAUCAGCAAAAAAUACCUCAUCAGCUAUCCUACCUUCUUUCAGGACAUCAAAAACUAAGACUCCGAAAUCCGAUAAAAGAAAUAGGGAAACAGAUUUUGGUGAAAAUCUGCCGAGUAACAAAAAAAGAAAGAUCUCACCAUACAAAGAGAUCCAAGCGACCAAUGAAAUGAGAGACAAAGAUCGUUCUAUGGAGCAUGAUCAUGUCAAUGAUGAGGCUUUUUGCCAAAUGUUAGACCACAUGAAUACUAUGGAAGAUGUUAAAAAUAAUAUGAAAAAAAUAAACAAAUCUCAGACCAUUAAACCGUUUGAUAAAUCACCAUCACAAAUAAGUGUCAUAAAUAAUUCCUUUGACAAUAAAACAUCAAAAUACAAACACAUUGAAAAAUACAGUGAAAAUGUCUUUUCUAUGCUGGAUAAUGAGUCUCAAAUACUGAAAACAUUAAACUAUAAGACACAACAAAGUCAAUGCAGCAAAGAUUCUGAUGGAGAGAAGGUAAUAAAUAACCAGAAAGGGAAUGCAGAUUUAGAUGUCAUGGAGCUUUGCACUCCUGUGGCGGAUGAAGAUUCAGACAAGAGUGUAGUCGAAGAUACACCACAAAAGACGCCAUCCUUCUCUAAAAUACGAAACAAAAACGAAUCAACCGUCAACAGCAACAAUGUUACGAUGAAAGAAAAUAUAAAACUUAAAGUUCAAAACAGACAAACAGACAUUGAGGCAGAUAUCAUAAGUUUAUCUGAUACAGUCGGAGAGUCUACAAAAAAUAUUACAGUAUUAGAAACAUUGCCCCGACCAACAUUGGAGACUCCUAUCACAAUAACAAAGUUUGUGGACCAAAUAAAACAUAAAUCGACACCCGUAGCAAGAAAAUCACUUAAAUUUAACAAUGAAAACAGUGAAGCUGACGUCACUAUGUGUCCAAGCUCGUUUGUCCUCGCAAAAACCACACAAGAGAAGGAAUUCUUAAGCAAAGCAUUCGAACAAACCAUAGAUUCAGAAUGUGUGAGACACAACGAGAGGUGUUUAAAGUAUUGUAUUGCUGGAUCAUGUCUGACCGCAUCUGAACAGAGCAAUGUGAAAAUUUUAUGCUCCAAAAGAAAUUGGACAUAUGUUGAAAAAUACACUAAAGAAUUAACACAUCUGGUUGUUGGUGUGGACGAGGAGAAUAAAGCACAACGAUCCGUUAAAUUCAUGUGUGCUAUAGCCGGUGGGAAAUGGAUUAUAUCAUAUGAAUGGAUUGAAAAAUGUUUACAAGUAAAUGGCGUGGUAGAUGAGGAACAGUUCGAAGCGUUAGAUGCUACGGGCGAGCCUGGCCCGAGACGCUCGCGUUUGGCUAAACAAAAACUAUUCACCGGCAUCAGCUUCUACUGUAUGCCGCCGUUCAGAGUACUAGAUGUCGAUACUUUGAAGGACAUCCUUCAGUGUUCAGGCGGCCGCGUUGUUGUAGAAGCUAGAGAUGUCCGAGCGUCGAGCACGCCCUCGCUGUUGUUAGCCGAACCCGAGCACACACAGGAGGACCGCUUCAUAUAUCUUGCUAUGGAGCUGAGCGUGGUGCCAAUAAACUACGAAUGGGUGCUCAAUUGUCUUGGAAGCUACUCGUUGGAAUCCAUUUACGAACUAUUAUUAUGUCCGGCCUCUUUGUUGCCGCCGGUCGUUGCAAAAUGGCCGCCAGAACUUAUAUCACAUGAUGUUGAAUAAAUAUUGCAUCAUCUUGUUGUUUUUAA